GAUACUGCAGUCGCUGGACGCAAGGAACCGGUUUAAGGAAAAGGGGAUUUGAAUUAAAGACAGGGCAGCUCGGCCGUUGAGUGGGUGAGGGAGGGAGAUUGUUUUGUGUCUUAACAAAUCAGGGAGGGGGAGGGACGGAGAAUGAGCUCAUGUACUAGCGGAGAGGCUGCGUGCAAUCACCAGGACGCAUCUUGCACCGGCGCUAAUAAGUCGAGCGCUGUUGAUACUAUUUGCACCGGUAGCACCGACUGCUCCAGCGACUGCCAGGGGAAUCCGAGCCCAAAACCACCAACGGCAAUGAAAGUCAAGACAGGAUGCAACUCCUCAGACAUGGGGUACCCAGUUACUACAGAGGAAGAGCUACUUAGGAACCCAGUAAUUACCCCGGAGGAUGUUCUGGGUUUGCAGAAGAUCACCGAAAAUUACCUGUGCACUCCGGGUGAGAAUAUUCACAGCAUCGACUUCACCAGGUUCAGGAUCCGGGACAUGGAGACAGGGACAGUGCUGUUUGAGAUCAGCAAGCCCCCUGCUUCUGACAGAGCAGGAGACAAGAGGGACUUCGACCCAAACGCUGGCCGCUUCGUGCGGUACCAGUUCACCCCCGCCUUCUUGCAGCUGCGGCAGGUCGGAGCCACGGUGGAGUUCACGGUCGGCGACUUGCCCAUCAAUAAUUUCCGCAUGAUCGAGAGGCACUACUUCCGGGACAAGCUGCUGAAGAGCUUCGACUUCGAGUUCGGCUUCUGCAUCCCCAGCAGCAAGAAUACCUGCGAGCACAUCUACGAGUUCCCCCCGCUCUCCGAGGAGACCAUGCGCGAGAUGAUCCUGCACCCCUACGAGACGCAGUCCGACAGCUUCUACUUCGUGGACAACAAGCUGGUGAUGCACAACAAGGCGGACUAUUCCUACUGCGGAGGCCCCUAGGCUCCCGGGACAUGGAACAGACGCACGGACGGAGGACACACACACACACACACCCUGUUUCACGCUGGCCCCCAACAUCAUGGAACCCCAGAUUCCUCUGCGACUCAUUCACCUCCUAUCAGAGCGUCCAUGGCCUCAUCCCUGUCCUGCCCCCUUCUCCUGUAUGUGUGUGUGUGUGUGUGUGUGUGUGUGUAUGUGUGUGUGUGAGAGAGAGGAUAUGACCACUGUACUGCAAACACUCCUCACAUGCGGCUUUCCCUGCAUCCCUGUACUGCGAUCUCGUCAACAGCUCCUGUGACCCCGCCCUCUUUGUUCCCUCCUCCAAUCACUGGUUGCUGGCUCAGUCACACUGGCGAUACACACACCUGACAGCAGGGCGGGUUUGCUCGAACCUGGCCAGCCUUACAGGAAUUCUCCCAGCACAGUGUCUAAGCAAUAAGAGGAGUACUCCUGAGGGGAGGUAUGCACUUACUCACACAGGCAUGCCUUCCAGAAGGAAGGGCUUUACUUCCUGGGUAUAGACAGGCAAGCUAAAGCUGCAGCUGCCAAUCACGUGAGAACAUUCUCUCCCUCAGUUCCUAACUGGCUGAAUGACAGACACAUCAGGGGAUUGCUGGUAUAAAAAAAAUUCUUAC